ACCCUGGUGGUGUGUGGAGAGAGAGAUUGAUGGAGUGCUAGAGAGGGCAAUCAAAGUGGGAGUGGGGGCAGUCCGGUACUGAUCACAAUUAAUACUAGGAAUCAAUCUUUGUCUUACUAUUGUGCAAAUUUAACCUCUCUCUUAUCUUCCACACCACUUGCACCAUUCCAACAGGACGAAACCACUUGCAUAGAAGUAUUUAUAGUGUGGGAGGGAAAGGGGGGAAGGGGCGGACGGUUGCAGAGUGCACCAGUUUAUGGCAAUUACAGCAGCCAUGAGCGCAGACGAUGGCAGGGAUGCUCAUGAGGACGACCUCGUAAUGCCCGGCUUUCGCUUCCACCCCACCGAAGAGGAGCUUAUCGAGUUCUACCUCCGGCGCAAGGUUGAGGGCAAACGCUUCAACGUCGAGCUGAUAACCUUUCUUGAUCUCUACCGCUACGACCCAUGGGAGCUUCCUGCAUUGGCAGCAAUUGGGGAGAAGGAAUGGUUCUUUUAUGUCCCUAGAGACCGGAAGUACAGAAAUGGUGAUCGGCCCAACCGGGUGACGACGUCAGGCUACUGGAAGGCUACUGGAGCUGACCGGAUGAUCAGAGCUGAGAACCAUCGAUCAAUUGGAUUGAAGAAGACCCUCGUCUUCUACACCGGGAAGGCUCCGAAAGGCAUCCGAACUAGCUGGAUCAUGAACGAAUACCGUUUGCCGCACAGCGAAACAGAUCGACAUCAGAAGGCCGAGAUCUCGCUCUGCCGAGUCUAUAAAAGAGCUGGGGUCGAUGACCGCUGUCAGCUCCCUGGCACGCUCUCCUCUAAGGCGUCCUCCUCUAGAGGGACUGGACCAGAUAAGAAGCACGGUUCAUCUCAUCAACCACCACCGAGCUUCCAAACGUUUGCAGGAGACUCUUCAUCGUCAGUGAUGGAGAAGGCACCCAAAAUUGGAGGUGAAGGCAGCACCCACUUGUCUGCACCGGUAUUACAAAAACCUGCUCUCUAUCGGUCGACAGCUUCGGUGGCUUCUCUGGGCUCAACUACAUCAACUGAAGAAGACGGUACUUCACUUCACUAUCCGAAGAAUACAACUGCUUUAAUCUCAACAUGCUCCGUCCUCACUCCUGCCACUUCCUGCAUGGCCAGUCCUACCAUCGACGAGCUCCAUAGUUUGGUAGGUUACAACCAAAACUACCUGAACCAACCCUACCAAUCCCUCCCAUCGCAACUGCAACCUCAAUUGCUUCCUCUCAACGCGCUGCCCGUUUCAUUUCCCACCAUUUCAGACAAGCUCUGGGAGUGGAAUCCCCUCCAUGAGGUUGGCAGGGAUUUCGCUAGUUUCAAGUGACCGAUGGCAUGUUCAUAUACUUGCAUACACUGAUCAAUUGCCCCCUUCAUAUUUUGCUUUCUUUUCCAACAUAUGUAGACUUCUAAAUUAUAUUACUGUGGAAGAAAAACUUAUAAUUGUAGAUUAGGUAGGUAUGUAGGUCCCUAAGUUUCUAUCGGUUUAUAUAGAUAUUGUUUUCACGUUUUGAGUUUUA